AUGUCUGCGCCUAUGAAAUAAAAUUUCAUAAAAAUGGCACAGUGGAGUUUAAACCAGUAUUUCAACGUGUUGUAUGAUAGUUUACAACAGUAUGAUGGCGAAAAAGCAGGGGAGCUACUUUCCUUCAACCAUCCCCACGUGGCCAACAGUAAGCUGCAGCUCGAGAACCCAGAGAACCUUGUAGGUCGGGUGUUUGAGUCGCCCUGGGACGACCUUGUGGCUGGCCAUCUCAGAUGCUGUUGGGCUGUAGGUAACCAUGACUUCAUAGAGGCUUACAACUGCCAGGCGGCCGUCGUACAAUCAUUCACGAAGAUCUUUCAGAGUCAGAAGGAUGAGAACUGGUCCCUCUCGCUGUUGUUUGUCAUCUGCCUUGACCUGCGCCUCUUUGCAAACAAGGGUGACCACCAGGCAGUGCACAUGGGUCGUGGGAAGUACGGAGAGAGGCUGGAGAAGGCUGCAGAUUUGCUCAUGGGCUGCUUCAGAGUGUGUGCCAGUGACAACCGUGCAACCAUUGAGGACACCAAGAAGUGGGGGAUGUUGAACCUUGUGAAUCAGCUCUUUAAAAUAUAUUUCAAGAUCAACAAGCUGCACCUUUGCAAGCCUCUGAUUCGUGCCAUAGACAGUCUACCCAUGAAGGAUAAGUUUGCACUGUCGCAUCUCAUCACAUUUAGAUACUAUGUUGGACAGAAAGCAAUGUUUGAUGGAGACUUCAAGAAAGCUGAUGAGUACCUUACGUUCGCGUUUGAACGCUGCCAUGUGAUGUGCAGAAGAAACAAGCGACUGAUCCUACAGUUCCUGGUUCCUGUGAAAAUGCUCCUGGGUCAGAUGCCAAAGCCAGAUCUGUUGAAAAAGUAUGAUCUAAUGGCAUUCCAGGAGGUGGCAGUGGCUGUACGGUCUGGGAACAUCCGCCAGCUGAAUGAGGUUAUGGAGAGACACGAGCACUACUUUAUCAAGUGUGGCAUAUAUCUCAUAUUGGAGAAACUCAAGAUUAUAGCAUACAGGAACCUCUUUAAGAAAGUGUACCUGAUUCAGAAGACCCACCAGUUGCCAGUGUCUGCAUUCACAGCAGCUCUCCAGUGGCUGGAGGUGGACCAGAUUGAUAAUGACGAGACCGCCUGUAUCAUCGCCAACCUCAUAUGUGAUAACAAGAUCAAAGGUUACAUCUCAUAUCAGCAUCAGAAAGUUGUCGUCAGUAAACAAAACCCCUUCCCACAACUCACCACAGUCAUCUGAGCGUACCUUGUGCAUGAUUGAUUAUCAGUCUUACAGAAGCUUGCAAUUGGUGUCCACAGUUGGUAGUGUGUAGCCCAGAACACAGUCAGCUGGGUGACCCAGACGCUGUAUUAGCUGUUUUACCAGUGUUUGAUAUUGGUGCAUCACAAGAACAGUGUUCAACUGCCAUUAAAGAUCAAAGAAGUAUUUUACUUAACUAUAUAUUCCUAAAAGAGAAGUUCCAAUACAUUGCCCAAUUAUAGUAAUAAAGCUGUGGACUUGUGUUACACAAACUAUGUAUGUCGAAUGAUGUGUUGCCAUUGUAUUGAAUAAUAUACAAAAAAACAUGGGAAAUAUUGGAUGAAUAGUUUUAUGCAUUUCAGAUAAUUAACACCAUGCAUAUUAGAUUAGAUAUUAUUUCCAUUAUGUUUCAAUAUUUACCCAUUUAUGCCUAGCGUCUAGAAAAAAGGCCUUGGCAAACAGCGUAGACCCAGAUGAGACGCCGAAUGAGGGUUUGCGCUGUUUGCUUAAAGGAAUUUCUGUAAGAAAUAUUCUAAAUAUAGAAAUACAUAUACUAGACAUCCCUAAUUUUGGAAAUAAAUUGAUCUAAUUUAAAAGGAUAGGAGAGUCCACUAGGCAUAAAUGGGUUAACUUCAAAUUUGAUUCUCAGCUGCUAUGUAAUGAACGUUUUAAUGUAAUGUUUUUAUCGGUUUGUUUUAAGUGAGAAGAUAUUACUUGGUGCAUUAAGCUUAAAUUCUGUUAGAGAAAUUCCAAUAACAAUGCCAGCUUUGUUCUCUCUGAAUCGUAAAAACUCAGCUGUUCAGAAAUCAAAAUUUUAUAUUUAUUUCUGCUGCCAGUUUUAAGGUUCUUUAUUAUUUCCAACAGAUGUGACUGAGAAGAAUUGUUUUGCACCAAACAUAUAAAUCUUGCAACUGCAAUGUUUGUUGGAUGAUGUGCACUUUUCUAAAUAUUAAUACUGCUAGGCCUUGCUCUGUGAAAAGGGGAUUUAAUGCAUGUACAUAGUGUCUUCACAGAUUAGCCUGUGCAGUCCACACAGGCUAAUCAGGGAAGACACUUUCUGCUUUUGUUUAUUUUUGUUUAAAGAAAGUCUCUUAUUAGCAAAACUCCAGUUGAUGCAGAAAGUGUUGUCCCUGUGUAGACUGCAGAGGCUAAUCUGGGACAUACGGAAUAUUACGCCUGUCAAUUGUUCCAAGAGUUUGUAUCACUCGAGUAACUUGUGUGAUGACGUAUCACACGAGAGGCGGAGCCUCGAGUGUGAUGCGAAAUACCACAAGCCACGAGAGUGAUACAAACUCUUGGAACAAUUGACUAGCGUAAUAUUCCUUUCAUUAUAUACAACAACUAACAAAAACAGUUAACAAUUGUAUUUUUUACUUUAACAAAACAAUGACUAAAACGGUACGCCAUAGUUUAUUUAAGACGCGUAUGAAUACAGUUUAUGUAAAUUAACGUGUAAACAUACGAAACGGGAAAACACAGGUUUCCGACACGCUUACCUUAAUGCAAUCGUUAAUCAAAUGUUUAUAACAAUUAAGUUGACAACUUUAAUCCGAUGUUUAUAACAAAAACGUUGAAACAAUAUGCACUUCCACUUCUAUCUUCCAUGUCUUGAUCGAAACUUAGUUUAAACCACACUAUUUUAUUGUAUUCUUAUACAUUUAUGCAUGAUAAACACACACUCCAAAAUACGUUUUGAAUUCGUUCGAUGUUUUUAACAAAUAGUUUACUGUUAAAAAACACCAUGUCGGACAGGUCCUUAAAUUCCAUAGAGUUAAGAUAAAAAUAUUGUGUUUCGUCGCAGAAAUGACGUCGCACGAUGUACUACCUAAUAUAUUUCGUAAUAUAAAAUAUUUCUAUUUUCGGUGCGCGUAAUGUGAGGUCAUUAAAUGGGUCGAAGUAGUCUGGCUAGUAUGGUAAUACGGAAUUGGAAACAGCGAGAAGCGCAAUUUUUUUAUUUCAACGAUUGAAACAACCUGUAUUUUGUUAAAAGCAUUAAACAGGUAAAUAAUAAAACACUUUAUGCACAUGCAUGAAACCCCUUUUUCACAGAGCAAGGCCCAUUUGUAUUACAUGUACAGUAGCAGACCUCUCAACAGUUUUCUUUGUGAGUUUUGUUUGUACCGAUCUCAUGAAUGAACUUGGGACAUUCAGAUAUGAUGGUGUCAUGGGUAUUGUAUAUUCAAUCACACAUGUUAUUCAUUUACGUUGAUGCAUUAUGAAUGUAUUUACUGUGAAAUACUGAAAAUUAAAUAUUUACAAAACUU